CCAUGCCCUCCCCGCCGACGCCUCCGGCCGCCUCGGACUGGCGCUGCGUCCGGUGCACGUUCCUCAACCCCGACAACUCCGACUCCUGCGAGGUGUGCGAGGCCUCACGCCCAGUGGAGGUCGACAUCGACAGCCCCGUCGUCGUGGGCGCCGCCCUCGCGUUGGCCUCGCUCAAGCGGAGCCGGAGGAAGAGGGAGCGCAGUGCGUCCCCCCCACCCCAGCGGUUUGGGAAGAAUAGGGAGCGCGAUGCGUCGCCCGAUGUGGUCGAAGUCUGCGAUAGUGCGGGCAAGGGGUCUGCCGCCAAGAAAGGGUCGGACGAGGGCCAGCUUGCUCUUGCCGCGCCUGGCGCGGCGAUCGUGACAGCUGCGCUAGCGCCGAAGGCAAGGGGUGAGACCCUUGGCGUCGGAGGCGAGGUGUCGGCCCUCGCGCUGGUCAGGGACGAGGCGGGCGUGGCGACCCGCCGACUGAAGGGAGUGACGGAGGCGCUGAGUCAGGCGACGGAGGCGCUGAGUCAGGUGGCUGACUUCACUAGCCGCACUGCGUCGGGGGCCCUUACGGCAGCUUUGUCUGCCGAAGUCGAGAGACUUCGGACGCAACAUGCUGACGCUGUCCGUGAGAAGUCGGCCUCCGACAGCAAGUGCCGUAAACUGGCGGACAAGGUGGCCGCCCUGGAGAAGGAGAAGGCUGACCUCCGGCGCCAGCUGGCGGGAGAGAGGAGGGAGGCCAACGAAGCCAUCGCCAAAGAGCAGGCUGCGCAGGCGGAGGCCAGGCUGGCGCGGGCGGAGGGCAAUAUUGCCAAGGAGCUCGCCGGAGAGCUGCAGGGGCGGCUUACUGCCCUGGAGAGCCGCGCGGAGGGGGCCGAGGCCGCGAUGCGAGCGGAGGCCGAACGGACGCGCACGCAGCUCAUGGCUGCGUAUCACGAGCUGGGUGCACGGACCGGCGACUUCGAGGUGCCGGAGCGAGAGGCCGGGCUUCGCUGUCUGGAAUGGGUGCAGGAGGAGCUGCAGGAGCUCCCCACUGUCUUGGAGGGGUUAAUGUCGUUUGCCUCCCUGGUCACCUGCGAGGCGGCGAUGAACGCACUCUCUCGCGAAGGGUGCCGGCACUUUGAGGCCCUCGACCAGGCAGAUGAGGAUUUUGGGCGAGAUAUCUUUGAGGUCGAAGACCCCGUGGUGAAGGAGUCCGCCGGGGCCCUCUAUGACCGGAUGUGGGGUUCGUACGGUCGUGAGGUGGUCAGGGAGCGGGCCGAGGCUGCGAAGGCUCAGGCGGAGCGCGGCGAGCGGGUGGACGACUUCGGGGCACUGAACAGCGAGUUGCCUGACCCGGAGACGACCCCUGCGGAGGCCGCGACUGGAGUCGCCCUGGGACCGACCCCGGAGACUGCGGAAGGCGCCUCCGGCGCCCCCGCAUCUGCUGCGGCCGGCGAAGACCUGCCCCCAAAGGUGGCCGAAGGCGCGCCUGAUGCCCCCGCAGCUGCUGCGCCGAGCGCUGAAGAUCCUGCGGCGGUGGUGGCGGAGGCAGCGGCGGAGGCUCCCGCAGCGGCGGAGGCUCCCGCAGUGGCAGGGCCUUCGCAGGUGGCGUAGUGGGUGUUUUAGGGUUGGGGAAUUUUUUGGAUGUUGUACUGAAUUUUGGUUGCUGCGCAGGUUCAAGAUUUUGGGCCUGCGCACGCAACCGCUACUACUGAGUUUUUGGCGGCUUCGACCGCGGAAGAUGGAAAUGAAUAUGGUGGGUCUGUAUCUGAGUUUUUGG